AUGCAGAUGCGCAUCUUCGGCGGCCCCGACGGCGCGAAGAACAUCAUCAAGCAUUGCAUAGGGCCCAACAAGGCGAAGGCUGCCACGUUCGCCAGCGCGGCGUUCGGGGGCGCGAAGAAGCUCGCGCUCCAGCGCCCCAAGGUGCGCGACCAAACGAAAAAGGCGAAGGCGUCGCGGCUCAGGGUUGGGAUGUUUCCCGCGCCCAGGGAAACUGACAACCUGCUCGGUCGCCGCUGCGCCCCAGCACUUUCUCGUUCGGUCGCGCAAGGUGGGGGCCAAGGUCUGGCAGUGCGCCUUCGAGCGCUUUGGCGGGAAACAAUUUCGUUUUUUUCAUGGCCGCCCGACGUCAAGACGGCUGCCGAAGCGAACGAAGUCUACGAGCUCUCGGACGAGGAUAUCAACGCGGGCUUCGACUACAUCCUGAAGAACGCGCCUCGAUCCACGGACGAUCUCAAGCAGCUGGCAUGGCAGACGAAGGCGCUGCGCAAAGGCGCCCCCCUCCACGGCUGGCCCGUCGCCCUGGUUGCGAAGGCUCUGAGCGGCCUCGCGUCGGAGGGCGCGCAUGCGAAGAAGGAGUUCGAAUGGCGCAUCACUCUGACGGAGGAGCACUUCAAGCCGCGGGUGCUCAACGCGGUGGCGGAGAUCAUGGGCCCGCUCGGCUCCCUCGUGCUUAUUGGAGAGCCGACUCUCGGGAAGACGCCCCUGGGCCGCUCGUAUCUCUUCGCGCUCUGCCGCCGAAACGCCCGCGUCCACGGGUUGGGCCCCGCGAUCGCGGGCGCCCGCGUGACUCCCGAGAUCGCACUGCUGGGCGUCGGCCAGUUCGAGUCCAUGCGCCGGGCGCGUUGGGGGGCCACCGAGUGGGUCAAGGGCGAGCCGCGCGCCACUGGUGACCAGAUAUACGACCCCAGUGCGGUGAAGAAUGGCAGUUGGCCUUCCGUGAAGUUCGACGACUUCUUCAACCUCGUCAGACCAGCCUUCCACGAGAAGGGCACGCGGCUGCACGGGCUGUGGAAGACGGGAGAUCUCACGGCGCCGCCACACAUUGAAGAGUUGUUGCAGAAGGGGCAGACCUUCGUGGACAACGUUUUCGAAGCCAGGGCAAAGGCGACGGCCGCCCCUCCGCGCGCCCAGAUCACGGCGAAGCGGGGGGAAGUGGAGUCUCCCGAGACAAGGAGGUCCAGGACGUUGGCUUCCUUCUCGGGGACGCUCGACAUCGACAGCUCACCUUCCCCCGCGAAGCGGCAGGCUGCGGCGGCGUCUUCGUCGCCUGCCCCCGCCGUCCCAGCCCGCGGCGAGCUCGAGGCCGACCUCUCGCAGAUGUUGGGCGCAGAUGGCGUUGGCCCUGACAUGGGCGAGGAGGCGGACGCAGCAAACUUCCUCGGGGCGACCCCUUUUGUGAGCGGACGGCCCCAGUCCAAGCGCAGGGGCGCGCGCAGGGCGGGCAAGGAGGCGCCGCGCAAGAGGCCCGCCGCCGCGCCCGCCAUGCGGAAGCCGUCCGCAGCCCCCAUGCAGACGCCGCCCGCGGCCCCCAAGAAGAAGGCGUCCAACGUGCCCUACUUGCCGCCGGCGGUGCUGGAGGAUGCCCUCGCUUGCCGAGUGGCGGUGAUGAGCGACGCGGACGUGGACCGUGCUUUGCGCGAGGCUGGGUGCAUCCCGCCCAAGACCGACCGCGCAUGCUGGAAGUGCGGAAACGACAUGGUUGAGCAGGAGAACGGCGACUUCAGAUGCUGGGUCAAAUCGCGCCGUUGCACCAUGAGCGCGCGGGCAUUUACGCCGCUGCUGAACACGAGCCUGACGACCGCGGACUACUACAGCUGCAUCUGGGCGACUGGUUGCGGGCUUGACCAGGCGCAGACUCACCGCGUGACUGGCGUGUCCAGGAAGAAGGUCGAGUUGCUCAUGCCGCGCGUCGCGGAGGCCGCUGCGUGGGAGUCUAUGCAAGCUGCCGACAACUUCGAGCAUUCCACUGGCGAUGUGGAGAUGGGCGCAUUCGCCUGCUCGGUCCGCCGCGCCGGCAGCGCCGCCCAGAACGUGCGCGCGGGCCGCGGGGUCAUGGUUGUGGAUCGCGCGACUGGCACGCGCGUGGUCUUCCCUGCGAAGGGCGCGGCCGUGCAGAAGGGCGCGCCGCCUCCGCCCGAGGGCGCCGAGGACGUCGCCCCUGCCAUGGCGAGGAUUGGUCGGGAGCGCGGCCUGCUUAACACCGAUGGCGCGCAGAUCUACAGGAAGAAGGCAAAGGCCGCUGGCACCCUGCACACCGGGACCAAGCACAGCGCUAAGCAGUUCGCCAAGACCAAGACGAUCGGGAUCAAGAGCUUGGGGGCGGUCUUGACCAAGAUGGCCGCCAAGCGCCAUGCGCAGAUGAGGAAGAACAAGAGGAACUUCACGGCCGCCAAGUGCGCCAAGGGCCCCAUGAAGAGCAAGAAGGGCCCCAUGAAGACCGCGAAAAGCUCCGAGGCCGCCAAGCGCACCAAUGGCCCCAUGAAGACCGCCAAGAGCACGAGGGGCUGGAAGACGUCCUACCUCCUGACGCGGUCCUUGACCAACAUGGCAGAGGCCAAUAUCGGCGCCGCGAAGGGCAGCAUGCACAAGCGCAGCGACCUGGGGAAGCGCAACGAGAGCAUGCGCACGAAGUCCCAGCUCUUCUACGAGAACACGCCUGGCUUGACCCCGAUCCUGAAUGCCAUGGGGGAAAUCACAUAG